AUGGGUGCUACUAACUCAAGAGCUGAAAAGAAUGAAGCUUUAUGUAUGUGUAAAGAAAGAAAACGGUUCAUCAAGGUGGCUAUUGAUUCUAGAUAUGAUUUAGCUGCUUUGCAUGUUUCUUACAUUCAAUCUCUUAGAAAUGUUGGUAUAGCUUUAAGAAGAUAUGCUGAAGCUGAGGUGCUUGUAGAGUCUUCUUUAUCGAUUUCUGAUAAAACGCCUUCUCAAACUAGUUACCCUUCUCCUUCAUCGCCGUUUAAUGUUGCUGAGGUUGAGGCUUCAGAUUCACCUUUGCAUAAUGAAAGUCCUUUUUCAACACCUCCUCCUUCUCUUAGCUACAUGAGAUCAAGUGGUAGUGGUUCUGUUACUGUUAAAAUUGAUGCUUUUGGUAACAAGUACUUGGAUGAUGAAUCCAAUGUGGUUUCUUCUAUGCCUCCACCUUCUCCUCCACCUGAGCUAGGUGCAUCUUGGGAUUUCUUUGAUCCUGGUGAGGAUAGUGAGAGCUUUAGGUUUGUUGUGAAUAAUAGUGAGUUUAGAGAUUGCAAGGAUCAGUGGUUUCAACCUGGUUCAGAUGAUCAUUUGGUUGUUUCAAGGGGAGUUAAAGGUUGUGAACAAUUGGUUGAUGGAAAUGUGAGACAGUUAGAGGUGGUAACGGCACCAGGUAGCGCUGAUGAAGACAUAAAUCUUGAUGUGGCUGAAAAGGGUGGUGUUGGAAAAUCAUGUUUAAAGAAGGAGAAGAAGCAGAUGGAUGAGAACAAUGUGUGCACAGAAAGAGAGGAUCCUUCAGAGUUCAUCACUCAUAGAGCCAAAGAUUUUCUCUCCAGCAUAAAGGAUAUAGAGCAUAAGUUCAUUCGAGCUUCGGAAUCUGGUAGAGAUGUUUCAAGGCUGUUAGAGGCAAACAAAAUCAACAGCAUCAAGGAUUCGUAA